CGAGGUGGGCGGAUCAGAGGCACCGGCGGAUUAACCUCCAGCAGCCUGUUAUUUUCAAAGCCGCGCCUCAUAUAGAAACGCUCUGGGAUGGCAGGAAGCCCUGAUCACGAACAAGAGGACGGAGGCCCUCAGAACACAAUCAUUCGCCUUCAAAGCUACUUACACGGAGGAACCUCCAGCUUGCUGUCAACGCUCCCCACCGUUUUUGUCUUUCCCGUCUACAAGACCAUUUUCCGUCAGCAGAUCCACAACGCCCCGGUGCACCAGGCGGUGGGACAGCUCUACAAAGAGGGCCCUCUCAAGCUCUAUCGGGGCGUGGCUCCACCGCUCCUGAUGAGGACCCUGAACGGCACGCUCCUCUUCGGCCUGCAGGACACACUCCUCCGUCAUCUUUCAUUGUCAACCACCACCUCUGCUGCUGCCCUGCCAGCUCUGGCUGGAUUUGGGGCAGGUGUUGUGGAAGCCGUGGUCUUCACCCCAUUCGAGCGAGUUCAGAAUGUGCUGCAGAACGGCCACAAUGACAAGCAUCUGCCGUCCUUGAGGAGUGUUCUCAUGAAGUUGAAGGUAGAAAGGAUUAGCCAGGGUUAUUACAGAGCCUUCCUGCCCAUCGCAGCCCGCAACGCCUUCGGCAGCUCCCUGUAUUUUGGCCUGAAGGGGCCUGUGUGUGCCGUUGUGGCUGGACAGGGACUCUCUCCCGUGGUCUCUUCAUUCGUCUCAGGAACGGUGACCUCGAUGGUAAUCAGCUUGACUCUGUACCCUCUGUCUGUGCUGGUAGCAAACAUGCAAGCACAGGUGGGAGGAGAGGUUAAGGGUGUCACUGCAUGUUGGAGGCAGCUGUGGAAAUCUCGGAAUCACAGCUUGGUUUUGUUGUAUCGAGGGGGGAGUCUUGUUAUCCUGAGGUCAUGCAUUACGUGGGGAAUCACCACAGCUAUUUACGACAGACAACAGAAAGGAUCCUCCUGAACGUGGAUGCUGAAACUUAUUCUGCGUAAACCCUACUUCUCAUUAAGUGCACCUAUGAUAAAAGACUUUGUUCUUCUGAUUAUGUCAAGUUUUAGCAGGUUUUUCAAGUCUAGGCCUUUCUGACAGAAGAAAUUCUGAUUCGUCAGAGUAAAACUCAGGUGUUCCAGAUCUCAGUUAAAAUUACUCUGGGACCUGUGACUGUGUUAGAGCCGUUAUUUGCAAGAAAGCUGAUUUCACAGGAAACUGAGGUUGGAGGCAGUGUAACUUCCUGUGUGUAACUUCUACAGAGAAUUAAAUGUUGAAAGUAUUUCUCAACAAAGUAACUCUUGGAUAGGAAAGUCUACUAGUGAAUGUUAUUUCAACUGCGAGUGAAACAACAUUCACUUGCAAUUAAAAUGAAUGUAAUUUUACUGUUAUUUUUUGUGGGGGUUUUUUACACUUCCUUUAGUUUUCUGCAGUUAUUCUGACUGGCAAUGCUAAAUGUCUUGUUCAAAGUAUCUGUUUAUUGGUGGAGCACCACCUCCUACAGCCAGUUCCUGUGUAAAUAAUCAUCAGUUUCUAUGUAUAUAACCACCCAAUGCAAACAUGGUUGAUGAAUGAAACAUAAAACAUUUAUUUUUUGUCAUUUCAGUUGUAAAACAUAAAAAUUUUGAUUUAUUCUUGAA